UUAUGGCUUAACUGAACACCUUUGUCUGUCAUCCGUGAUCUGCUUUGCUUUCUGAUUAUAAGUGUGAAGUUCUUCAAAAAUGGACUUGUGUUGAGAAUUUAGAUACAAACUAAACGUCAAUUGGCAAGAUGGAUUGAUAGUUACAUGUUUACAAAAUAAUGCACGAUCCCUUGUCAACAAUAUUCCCGAUACAUUUUUAUAGCUUAGAGAUUUCGAGCAAAUGACUUUUUACAAUGGGAGAUCAAGUAUUAUAUUGUCCUCUUUGUUGUAAUGCUACAUUUGAGUCGAAACAAUCUCUUAUUGAACAUAUAUCAAUUAUAACGUCAAAUUUAGUAUGUCCCCUAUGUACAACUAGAUUAUCUUCAGUAGAACAACUCACAGAUCAUUUAAAACACGAUGAUUGCGAACUUACAAAUCCUGUUCAAACUAUCAUAUUUGAUACUAAUACGCAAAUUGAAAAGAAUGAGAAUGCCUUAGAUAAUUCUAAUCUAAAAUUAGAACUACAUAAAGAUGGUAAUAAGCUACAAAACGAUAAUGUAGAUGAUAGUGUAUCAUCACAAGCAGUUAAAUUGAGUAGUGAUUCGGACGUUGGCAAAAUGUAUGUUGAAUUGCUGAGCAAGCAAAUGAUGAAGCCGUGCCUACAGACACAAGAGCUAAAGUUGGUGAAAGAGGAUGGACAGAGCCGUUAUGUGAUCCUGACAGAUGAGGAUUCCAUGUUAAGCCAGGGUGUUUCAAUUGUAACUAAACAAAACAAUGAUGGAACUAUAUCAUUAACUGCUCUUAAAGAAGAAGAUGCAGAUAAAAAUCAAGAAGAAAUUUACAGUUGUAACACAUGCGGUGUGUCAUUUUCAUCAGUCUUGGAACACAUACAAAAUUAUCACAACAAUCAAGAUGUUGUGGUUGAGGAGCCUAUGGAAGAAAGUAUUCCAAUAGAAUAUGAGGCAGUACAGAAUGAAGAGGUGUUAGCAGAUAAACAACAGUCACGACGAAUGAUAACAGAGACAGGGGACAUUAUUGAGGCACCAUUGACAGAAAAUGAAGAUAUAGAAAAAUCAAUGAAUGUAGUUAUUCCAGCAAAGGAGACAGCAGAUAAAAAGGGUAGAGGUACACGGCAGUAUAUUCAAAUGGAGAAAUUCUGUAACAGUCUUAUAAAGGACAUCAAACCUCCUGAUGAAAAAAAUGGACCAUACCACAAUGUCGUUGUAAAGGAAAUGCAAACAACAGCGGGUAAUAAAAUGAAGGUUUACAAUUGCAUGUCUUGCAAUAUUUAUGUCUCAUCAUUGUCGGAAUUCAAACAACAUCCGUGUAAAAUAUUAAAAUACUCAUGUCCACAAUGUCCCGUCGCCUAUGAAAACUCAAAAUCAUUAUGUGCACAUAUGAAAGUACAUAAAACCAGAGAAGACAACAGUUUUUUAUCAUCUCUGAAGUUUGAGUGUGAGAUAUGUUCUACGAUAUUCCUUACGAGCAAAUCUUUAAAACUUCACAAGAGGAUGCACGACCCUAUCAAAUCUCGUCCAAUAGAGCCACCCGUAGAUACAACGGGGGGUAAUGUAGCAGGUGACCACAAGUUCCUGUGUCCAAUAUGUGAUAAGUUGAUACCGAUUGACUACCGCACCAUACAUAUGAACUCUCACAAAGGUAGCAAUAAAAUGAACUGUGAUAUAUGCAACAAGAAGUUUCACUCCAGGGAGUAUUUGGAUAUGCAUAUGAGCGUGCAUAACAUCGAUAAGGUAGUAGUCGGUAAACAAGACAAGUCGCUGCCAUAUACGUGCCUAUAUUGCAACAGGAAGUUCGCAAGACCGCAUGAAAAGGUGAAACACGAGCGGAUACAUACUGGCGAGAAGCCGCACUCGUGCGAGAUCUGCGGCAAGUCGUUCCGCGUGUCGUACUGCCUCACGCUGCACAUGCGCACGCACACGGGCGCGCGCCCCUACGCCUGCCCGCACUGCAACAAGAGGUUCAAGGCUCACAGCGUGUACAAUCAUCACCUGUUGACGCACUCAGAAGUACGCGCCUACAAAUGCCCCUACUGCCCUAAAGCCUUCAAGACAUCUGUACAGCUAGCAGGACACAAGAAUUCUCAUACCAAGCCUUUCUCGUGCCAGCAGUGCAACCGCCCGUUCGCGUCGCUGUACGCGGUGCGCGUGCACAUGGAGAUCCACUCGCGGCAGAACAGCCUGAAGUUCUCGUGCGCGCUGUGCGGCGCCAGCUACGCGCGCGCCUUCGCGCUCAAGGACCACGUCAAGCAGGCGCACCAGCGGGACGUCGACGCCUCGGACGCCGCGCUACUUAAAGAUGAAGACUGUAUGGUGCAAGAAACUACAGACAUCGACUCUGAUGGAAUUAACCUAAAUAAAGAUUUGCCUCAAGAGGUAAGGCAUACUUAA